CGGUGGAGAAAACCGCCGAAAGUAAUGCGUUGUCAACUCCAAACCCUAGCUCGCAUCGUCUCCGUCGCUCGUACACCUGCCGGCGGUAGACGUCGGUCAAGCAAAGCCGUAAGUCGAUUAAUGAGCACUAAGUCAACCGGUCUUAUGUUCCAGCUCAAGGUCAAUCCGCUCACCGGUAACUCGGAGUGGGUAGUGAUUGAAGAAGAAGUCGAUGCUAUCUCACCUAAACCAACGCUGGCGACCACUUCUUACCUCGAUAUGCUCAAUGACGCUCCGAGAAACAGAGCCUAUCGAAAUGCUAUUGAUAGAACUGUUUCGAAACAAUGUCAUGUUCUGGAUAUUGGAUCUGGAACAGGCUUGCUAUCAAUGAUGGCUGCACGAGCUAUGGGCAUUGACGACUUAUCAGAAUGCUCAAAAUCUAAAGGAAUGGUCACUGCCUGUGAAUCAUACCUUCUUAUGGUCAAGUUGAUGAAGAAGGUUUUACGUGCCAACAACAUGGACCGUAAGAUUCGUGUUUUAAACAAGAGAUCAGAUGAACUAAAAGUUGGUGUUGACAUUGCUUCUCGUGCGGAUGUUCUAGUUAGUGAAAUACUGGACUCAGAGCUCCUGGGUGAAGGGCUGAUCCCUUCUCUUCAGCAUGCACAUGAUAAGCUAUUGGUGGAAAAUUAUCGGACCGUGCCUUAUAGAGCAUCUACUUAUGGCCAGCUGGUGGAAAGCACAUAUCUAUGGAAGCUGCAUGAUCUAUUUAACAAUGAAGCAAAUUUAAUAGAUGGGAUUCAUCUUGUUCCAAAAGGAAAGGAGUGUAUUUUACGAGUCAAACCACAGCAGUUUGCUAUGCAUUGUGAUGCAAUGGGCGAAGAAAUUCGACUGCUGUCAGAACCUUUCAAAAUUUUUGAGUUUGACUUUUGGAAACGGCCAGACAGUCACGGACAAACCCAGGUACAUAUAAAGGCAACUGAUGAUGGUACAGUUCAUGCUGUUAUUUCAUGGUGGGUGCUUCAGCUUGAUGAGGAAGGGGAGAUUUUUUAUUCCACAUCCCCUAAAUGGAUAAAUAAUCCACUCUCAAAGAAUGGAUUACCAUCUUCAUAUCCAUGUACCAGGGAUUGGUGCGACCAUUGGAAACAGUGUGUCUGGUUCAGCAAAGGGAAAGGUUUGCCGGUGUACAAGGAUGGGGAUGUUUGCAUGGAUGCUACUCAUACAGAAACUAGCAUCUCAUAUGAAUUUGAGGCUCAGUCACAAAGAUCGGAGGUAUAUCAUCUUGAAGUUAGCACCCAAGACUCUCACAUCCAAGACUCUCACAUCAAUCUCUCACCUGAAAGAAUUGCAAUCUAUGGAGAUAGCCACUGGAGACUUGCCAUUUUAAAGGCCCUAAACUCUGCUUUGCAAAAGAAAGACUCUCCUUUGUGUGUUAUUGCAGAUGAUAGCAUCUUUUUAACAAUUUCCGUUGCUCAUCUUUCCAAGACAUCGCACAUAAUAGCGUUGUUUCCUGGUCUUCGGGAGAAGGGAUCCCAAUACUUGCAAGCUGUUGCUGAUGAAAAUGGUUACUCAAUGGAUAGGAUAGAGGUUAUAACCACAAGGAAACAACAAUGGACUAUGAAUGAUACUCAUCAAAAGAAGGUUGACCUUUUGAUAGCAGAGCCGUUUUACUUUGGUGCAGAGGGGAUGCUUCCUUGGCACAACCUGCAGUUUUGGAGCAAAAGAACGAUGCUUGAUUCCAUCUUAUCUGAAGAUGUGUGCAUAAUGCCUUGCAAAGGAAUUUUAAAGGCUUGUGCAAUGUCUCUCCCGGAUCUUUGGAGAAGUCGCCGUUCCCUAGAAAACAUUGAAGGGUUUGAUCACACAAUGGUCAACUCUACGUUAGGAGCAUGUGGUGGCCUAUCAUCGUCAAGCGAAAGCCCUUGUUUACCCUUUUUUAUUUGGCAAUGUGGAGAGAUUAAGAAGCUUAGUGAUACAUACACCAUUAUGGAGUUCGAUUUGUUAAAACCGUUGAGUUCAUGCCAUGGGAAAGCAGAGGUGAGAUUCAGAGAAACAGGAGUGUGCCAUGGGUUUGCACUUUGGAUAGAUUGGGUUAUGGAUUCAAAUGGCAGCGUUGUGAUGUCAACUGGACCAGAUGAAAGGUAUUGGAAGCAAGGCGUGAAGCUUCUGGCAGAACCAUUAGUAGUUAGUAAAAACAUAUGUUCGACAGUUAUCGAUGCAUCUUUUGAUCCAUCGACCGGUGAACUUUCGGUCUCAUAACGAUUCAUUGGAUGACAUUAAGAAUGAGUACAUUGGAUUUUGACAGCCAUGGUUGUUGGCUGGCUAAAACCAUCGUAUCUCACGAUUUGUAUUAUUGGUGUUUGUAAUUUUUAUAUUUUAUCAUUUUUUUUUAAACUUGGAAUUUGGGUUCUUUUAUCAUUCAAAUUUAAGUCAUCUGCAGAUGUAAUACGCCUUUUACUUUUUAAAUUCUAAGUUCUUAAUCUUGUGAACUAUUUGGGUAACAAAA